AUGACGCAGGGUCCGGGUGGCCGCGCGGCCCCGGAGCCCGAGGCGCCCACCACCUUCUGCGCGCUGCUGCCGCGUAUGCCGCAGUGGAAGUUCGUGGCGCCGGGUAGCUUCUUGGGCCGCGGUCCCGCGGCAGCAGCGCGCGUGGCGGGGGCAGCAGAGGCACAGCCCGAGCCCGGGGUCCCCGCGUUGGCCGCUGUGCUGGGCGCCUGCGAACCGCGCUGCGCCGCGCCCUGUCCGCUGCCCGCGCUCGGCCGCUGCCGGGGCUCGGGGACGCGAGGCGCGCGGGUGACUCCGGAUGUCGCCGACGAGUGGGUGCGCAAGGGAGGCUUUAUUCACAAGCCGGCGCACGGCUGGCUGCACCCCGAUGCCAGGGUCCUGGGGCCCGGGGUCUCUUACAUCGUUCGGUACAUGGGUUGCAUUGAGGUGCUCCGGUCCAUGCGUUCCCUGGAUUUCAACACCCGAACACAGGUGACGAGGGAAGCCAUCAAUCGGCUGCAGGAGGCUGUGCCAGGUGUCAGAGGCUCCUGGAAGAAGAAGGCCCCCAACAAGGCGCUGGCCUCCAUCUUGGGGAAGAGCAACCUGCGCUUUGCCGGCAUGAGCAUCUCAGUUAACAUCUCCGUGGACGGCCUUAACUUGUCUGUUCCCGCCACUCGCCAGGUUAUCGCCAACCAUCAUAUGCAGUCUAUUUCCUUUGCCUCGGGUGGCGACACGGACAUGACUGAUUAUGUGGCCUAUGUGGCCAAGGACCCCAUCAACCAGAGAGCCUGCCACAUCUUGGAAUGCUGUGAGGGUCUUGCCCAGAGCGUCAUCAGCACCGUAGGGCAAGCCUUUGAGCUGCGUUUCAAGCAAUACCUGCACAGUCCACCCAAGGCUGUAAUGCCCCCUGAAAGACUGACUGGGCUGGAGGAGUCGGCCUGGGGAGAGGACGAGGCUGCUGCAGACCACAAUUACUACAACAGCAUUCCAGGAAAGGAGCCGCCCCUGGGCGGGCUGGUGGACUCCAGACUGGCUGUCACACAGCCCUGUGCGCUGGCAACACUUGGGGGCCUUGGACAGGGAAUGUCACCGGCAUGCAGAGAUGUCCGUGGCUUGCCUUGGGACGUGGGCCCCACUGGAGCAGUUCCGCCUGGGGAUGGCUACGUGCAGGCAGAUGCUCGGGGACCACAGGACUAUGAGGAGCAUCUAUAUGUCAACACCCAGGGCCUGGACGCGAUGGAGCUUGAGGAUACCUCUGGGACACCGCUACAGCUUGAGGGCAGCCCCAAGAAGGACCUGUUUGACAUGCGACCCUUUGAAGAUGCCCUGAAGUUGCACGAGUGCUCAAUGGCAGCAGGUAUCACUGCAGCUCCACUCCCUUUGGGGGACCAGUGGCCCAGCCCCCCUACCCGCAGGGCCCCCAUUGCACCCACAGAGGAGCAGUUGAGGCAGGAGCCCUGGUAUCAUGGACGAAUGAGCCGGCGGGCUGCAGAGAAGCUGCUUCGUGCUGAUGGGGACUUCCUUGUGAGAGACAGCAUCACCAACCCUGGGCAGUAUGUCCUCACAGGCAUGCACGCGGGGCAGCCCAAGCACCUGCUGCUGGUAGACCCUGAGGGAGUGGUGCGGACAAAAGAUGUGUUGUUUGAGAGCAUCAGCCACCUCAUAGAGUAUCACCUGAAGAACGGGCUGCCCAUCGUGGCUGCUGAGAGCGAGCUGCUUCUGCGGGGCGUGGUCUCUAGGGAGCCAUGAGCCAGGUGACAGUCCUCAGCCCAACUUCUACCCCCAGAAGCCCUUGCUGUGGCCUUGAGGGCUCAGCCUUUCUCUCAGACCCUGAAGCCACGAGAACCAGAAUGGUCACCACCUCUCCUUCUGCAUGAGCCUCAGGAAGCUGCCUUUUCCCAGCUGUGCUCGCUUGCUCUGCUGGCUGGGCCAGUGAGACAGAGUCGGGGUUCAAGCCCCUGGUACCACCUGAGCCCCAACCCUGAACUUGGGUGAGGCUCUAUAAACCAAAGACAGACCAAAUCGCCUUUAACAAAGACAUCCAAAUGCAGGCCCCGUGCCUCUGGUCUCCAGUGGGGGUAGAGACAUCAGGCUGUGUCCACAGAGUUGGUGUGGACAGCUCAGUGUAGGCAGAUGCACUGUUA